UAAUGUUUUUCUCGCAGUAGUAUGAUAACAACCCCGCGGAUCCGAGUUGCUCUUCCGAGCACCGACAACCGGAGGCAGGCGAACUAAACAAGCAUGAGGCGCGGUUUUCUCUGAAGACUUUUCUUCCGGCCGUGGAGAAAAAGCGCUGUUUGUUCAUCUCCAUGGAGUUUGUCUGAAAUCUCUCUCCGCUGCUGUCCCUGGAUUAACGCAGGACUCCGACGCGCUGUCAUCUAAAUAACAACUUCACUCAAUCGUGGAAAUUCUACUCCUGCAUCACGCGUGAAUACCUGGAGGCUGCCUGUGAGCCGCUGACAUUUUCGUGGGAAUCCGGCGAAGUCCGCACAGGGGCGGCGGACACUUGUUGAAACUCCUUUUACCGAGCAGAAGAGAGGGAAAAAAGAAAAGCUUUGCCUAACUGUGAGCUGCGCUAGCCAGAUUCAGCUAGUGUAUGCUAACAACUUUCCCCGACGACAGUUGGAUAUAUCUUAGCGAGAGUUGCUUUUAAUGCAGGUGUGUUGGAUGUUGACAGGGGACGGGUAUAGACAAGCUGAGAAAGUGUUAAAAGAUUGUUGACAUGGCUCUGACAGCAGCUUAGCUAAGUCGGCUAACAUUAUGUUAGCAGCGACGGCUAACGUUAUGUCAACGCUAGACUCAAACAAGUGGUUCGCUGGAAAUGUUGUCAAUAUGAAGUUAUAUUGCGCCUCUAACUUGGUGUAGACGCCACGCCAUUAAUCACGAAAGUAUUUAAAGUUAGCCUCCGAGUGCAGCUAACCAAGUAAAGAUUUGUUCCCUCUGCCUUGUUCAUUAGAAGGCAACUUUUAUUAACGGGAGCUCUGAAGGGGUAGCUUAGCCGCGUUAGCUUCAAGCUCAGCUCCGUCACUGCAGCCGUCCGAGUUGACUUCACCGAUAAUGUGGUGUUAAAACGCUGAUGGGUUUGGAACCGUGGUUGCUGAGAGACUCUGGAAAAUAGACUCCCAGUGCUGUUUCCCCCCCACCUCUUUAUUGCCCUUGCCAGUAGCUGAAGUUUGUUAAAAACUGCGGCCCGCACAAUGUCCGGCUCCCCGGGCACAGGUGGCUCCAACCCCAGGAAGUUCAGCGAGAAGAUCGCGCUGCACAACCAGAAGCAAGCAGAGGAGACGCGGGCCUUUGAACAGUUGAUGACAGACCUCACCGUUUCAAGGGUGCAGUUUCAGAAGAUCCAACAGCUCCGGUUGUCUCAGUCGCGGGCGCAGUACUACGGAGGCUCUCUGCCCAACGUCAAUCAGAUUGGCAACACAAGCACUGAAUUUCAGGGCGGUUUCCCUUCAGGGUUAGACUCGGUCAGAGGGACCCGCCACCAUGGGCUGGUUGAGAGGGUCCACAGGGAUCGCAACCGCAUCAACUCUCCACAUCGCCGACCCAUCGACAAGCACGGACGGCAGAUAGAUAGCUCUCCCUAUGGAGCUGUGUACCUUUCCCCACCGCCGGACAACAACUGGAGAAGGGAACAGCAGCCAUGGACUGAGGAAAAACGGCCUGGGUUUAGAUUAAUAUCACAACUCAACAGAACCAACUCAGACUCCGCUCUGCAUACGAGCGCUAUGAACCCAAAUCCCCAAGACCCGUUUGGUAUGAACCAGCAGAUGGGCAGAGGUCCCCCACAGCGCAAUGGCUGGCAUGCAGCUAGUGUGAAUGAGGCAGAAGUGGAUGGCCCCGGAGACGUCUUUUCCUUCCCGGCUCUGCCGAAUGAAGAGAAUCUAAUCUGCGUCAAUAAACCUCUUCCCAAGCAGCUGUGGGAGGCCAAAAAAGUCCAGUCGAUGGCAUCAAGGCCUAAAUCUUGUGAAGUGCCGGGAAUCAACAUAUUCCCAUCUCCGGAGCAGAACCCCGGUCUGUCCCACUACCAAGGCUCACUGAGUACUGGUGGCUCGUUGCCCGACCUCAGCAACCUGCAGUUCCCCUCCCCACUGUCCACCCCGCUUGACCCCGACGACAAUGGAGGGUACCCCAACCUCAGCGGGGGCAGCAGCACCGGAAACCUUCCUGCCGCCAUGAUGCACCUCGGCAUCGGAAAUUCACAGGGCCUGUCCUCCUCUCUGAGCAACCCCUCCAUUCAGGCCUCGCUCAACAACUGCCAGCUGCAGUCGUCGCUCAGCAAUCCCUCCAUCAACUCGUCCCUGCGUCUGUCCAGCAACUCCCCGCGCCGACGGCCCGCUCCCAUCAGCCCCCUCACCCUGUCGCCCGGGGCCGAGCCUCACAGGGGCCUGGCCAAGCAGCUGUCUCCCACCAUGUCCCCCUCGCUGUCGCCGAUCACACAGGGAGUUGCCUUGGACACCAGCAAUAUGCCAAGGGAGCCGCCCCCACCCUAUCCACUCUACCAACAAUCCCAGCAUGCCGUGGACCAGGGCCGACAACGCCAACACCCUCACCAGCCACAGCAGCCGCAGCAGCAGCAGCAGCAGCCCGUGUCCCCUCUUCAGAGCAUCCCACUAGACUUCAACACGAGCCAACACAACAGUAUGGCUGCGCUGUUCGGUGACCCCUUCAUGGAGCAGCAGUUUUCCAGUCGUCAGACCAAGAAUCUCCCGUAUCAGUUGGAUCAGUUCAGUCUGUUGGAGAACGCAAUGAGCUCCACAGCAGGAGGAUCGUGCUUCGACCCUUCAUCGUCGUCGUCCUCCUCCUCCUCGCUCUACUACUCCCAGGCGGCCCUGUCGGGGCUGGGCGGCAGCCACGGCAGCCUGCAGGACCCGAUGCACAUGAGGUCCAACAUGCUGUACUCAAACUGCAGCGGAGGACUACCCAACAUUAUUCUCACUGAUGACUCCAACCCCAGUCUGUCAAAGGACAUAAGCAGUGCGCUCUCCACGGUGCCUGAAUGUUUUGACUCGGAGGGAGGCUUCCCGUUGGAGGACGAGCUGCGCAUCGAGCCCCUCAGCCUGGACGGUCUGAGCAUGCUCAGUGAUCCUGACAUGGUGCUGCCCGACCCGUCCGUGGAGGACACUUUCCGCAGUGACAGACUCUGAAUGUAGUAAGAGCGACACGCGUCCUCAAGAGAAAAAAAAAAAACAGAACACAUACACACGUGGAUUUGACGGUGUGUAGUGUACAAAAAUCUGAAACCGCAUGCAGUCAAUCAGCGUAGGGCCACUCUGCAUGCACCCGCUGCCACUAAGAUCGACUCAAUGUGAAAGACGUAAACAGCAUGUCCGCAGUGAUCCGCGCUUUUUAAGGCGAGUUGUGAACAAGUUCAGUUUACACCUGCUUUUUGGGCAGUUACUUUCAAGCAUGCUCGAGUUCACGUUUCUCAGAUAUUACUAACAGACUGUGCAGUUUUGGGUUGAAGCGUGCGAAGCUCAUUAUCGCAGCUAAAUGAUUGGUGCGUACUUUGGGGACUUGUACCAGCGUAUCUCUGUUCGCAUCUAAGGAAUCUGCUGUGUAAUUUUUAAGCGCCCACAAGGAUUCGUACAUACACUUAUUUGUAUGUACAUAGCAAUAUUUGUCUCUCCAGAGAUUUGUAUUUGUAUUUCCGUUCUAAGAUUUGUGCGUGCAAAGUCCAAUCACUGCAGGUGUAGUCAUGUUUGUGUCUGUUUCCUGAGAUCCGUGUGCCCAAAAGAAUGUGUAAAUAUCUCCGUUGUCACUUGCAGGCUGAAGGUCGUUUGAUCUAAAAAGUGUUUUGUCAGCAAUACAUCCUUGGGUGAACUAUUGUAGAGCUCAGCGAUUACAAGCGUUACAAAACAGGAAAAUCUAUUCACCCUUUUUCUUAUAUCUCUCUUUAAAAUUCACCAUAGCAGGAAACUGGAGAGUACUCCAGUAAAAACCCAACAUGCACAGGAAUAAUGUGCAACAUGAGAAUACGUUAGCCAUGCGUCAGCCCUUCCACUGCCUCUGACUGCCGAUUAUUCCCAGCAUUCAUCAGUGCUGCUCGGCGAGGUGGAGGCUGUACGGCUGAUGAAACUCCGCAGAUCAAACAGUCCUCCGGGUCAAUCUGGACUGAUUAAAGUUCAGUUUUCAACAAAUCUGAGGCUGAGGUGAAGAGAACAAACAAAAAUGACAUCGUAGACACAAACGUGCUUCACACACAGGUUUGGCGUACGCACAAAUCGAAGUACACGCACAAAUUACCUUGCAAACACAGCGAGAUACUCGUGCAGCUCCGCACAAGUACGCACAAAUCACUGACAUGCUGUAAUGGCGGCAGAUAAACUCCAGCGUUGGGAAGUGUGUCAGGAUCAGUCCUGAGACACCGCACCUCCUUCACACCGCUUCGACCCCCUCAAACCAAACAAAAAAAAAAACAAAAAACCCACAGCGAGGAACAUGCGAGGUGGUCCGUAGAGGAGCUCCAGUCCCCCUGCUUCUCUUCCCUUCAUCACACACGCCCCCUCCAGUCUCCCGCCCUUCCUGAAUCCAUGGUAACCUCGUCACCAUGGUUACACACCAUAGCAACCCCAUCACCACUCUGAGGAGCAACAGAAAUGCCGGCGCACGUUUCCUACAGAGCGGAGCAGAGCGGAGAGGAGCCGCCAGCCGCGGCGGCGGCGAAACAUCUGCUAGUUUUCUUCAGGUGAGGUGAAGUCCAGCUGGACCGCACCUCCUUCAGGCUCUGGAACAAUCAGGAGUAGAAUUGAAGACGAGACAAGCUUUUAUUUGCAAAUCUGUUUCCUUGCAUAUGAUUUCAGAUUAUUUUUUAAAUGUUUGCCACAGAUUUAUAUAAAGGUAUAUCUUUGCAUACUGAUGGAUCUCCAGUUCAGUCUGAUUAGAAUGUAUUUUCAAACUAGAGACAAAAAGGGCAAACUGUUUACAAACAUGAGAUUUUCUUAAGUAAAUCCUGCUAAGGAGUAUACGUUUGUGAAUUUUUAAUUGAGAAAUACAAUUCUGAGAAGUAUUGAAUAUAUUUUUCCUUCACUUCCCUCACUGAUGAGUCAGCUGUCUUUUUUCGCUGGCAGAACUGGGACAGCACUGGGACGAACGAGCUUCAAAAUCCAAUCAAAAAAAGACAAAAAAAAAAAAAA